AUGUCGGUAGAAAAAUAUGUACACAACUUUGCAAAAUACUUUAAUAUUGAAACGGCAAAAGAUGUUAUGAAGCAAAACAAGUCAAAUGCUAAUAGGAACACAUCUUCUGUUUAUUUAGACUUUGCUGAUGAUGAUACUCUCUUACACUUAGCUGUUAAAGGAGGAUAUAUCGACAUAGUCAAAUUGUUAUUAGAACAAACAGAUAUAGAUCCAACUAAAGUAAAUAAGGAUGAUGAUACUAUCUUACACUUAGCUGGUAAAGGUGGAUAUCUUGACAUAGUCAAAUUGUUAUUAGAAAGAACAGAUACAGAUCCAAACAAAGUAAACAAGGAUGAUGAUACUCUCUUACACUUAGCUGUUAAAGGAGGAUAUAUCGACAUAGUCAAAUUGUUAUUAGAACAAACAGAUAUAGAUCCAACUAAAGUAAAUAAGGAUGAUGAUACUAUCUUACACUUAGCUGUUAAAGGUGGAUAUCUUGACAUAGUCAAAUUGUUAUUAGAAAGAACAGAUACAGAUCCAAACAAAGUAAACAAGGAUGAUGAUACUCUCUUACACUUAGCUGUUAAAGGAGGAUAUAUCGACAUAGUCAAAUUGUUAUUAGAACAAACAGAUAUAGAUCCAACUAAAGUAAAUAAGGAUGAUGAUACUAUCUUACACUUAGCUGUUAAAGGUGGAUAUCUUGACAUAGUCAAAUUGUUAUUAGAAAGAACAGAUACAGAUCCAAACAAAGUAAACAAGGAUGGGGACACUGUUUUACACAUAGCUGCUAGAAGAGGACAACUUGAAAUUGUCCAAUUGCUAUCAACAAUCUCACGUAUAGACCCCAAUCAAAAGAAUAAGGAUGGGGACACUGUUUUACACAUAGCUGCUAGAAGAGGACAACUUGAAAUUGUCCAAUUGCUAUUGAAAAUCUCACGUAUAGACCCAAAUCAAAAGAAUAAGAGAGGCGACUCUCCCUUACACUCAGCUGUUAAACAUGGAUAUUUUGACACAGUCAAACUGUUAUUAAAAAGAACAGAUAUAGAUGUAAACUGUGUAAAUAAGGAUGAUGAUACUCUCUUACACUUAGCUGUUCAAGGUGGAUAUCUCGACAUAGUCAAAUUGUUAUUAGAACAAACAGAUAUAGAUCCAAACGAAGUAAACGAGUCCGGAAACAAUACCCUACACUCAGCUGUUGAAUAUGGACAUUUAAACAUAGUCCAAUUAUUGUUAGAUAGAACAGAUAUAGAUCCAAACAAAGUAAAUGAGGAUGGGAACACUCCAUUUGACUUGGCUGUAGAAACAGAACUAUUCAAAAUAAUAAAAUUAUUAUUAGCAAGAACAACAAUAGAUCCAACAAGAACAUAUAAGGAUGGGGACACUGUUUUACACAUAGCUGCUAGAAGAGGACAAUUUGAAAUUGUCCAAUUGCUAUUAAAAAUCUCAGGAAUAGACCCAAAUCAAAAGAAUAAGGUAUGCGUUGAUAAUUUUCUACGUCCAUAUGCUACUACAAAAAAUAGAGGCGAAUCUACCUUACACUCAGCUGUUGAAUGGGGAAAUGUUGACGUAGUCAAACUUUUAUUAGAAAGAACAGAUAUAGAUGUAAACUGUGCAAAUAAGGCCAACAAAACACCGAUUGAGAUUGCCAAUAGAAGUUGGUGGUUUUCGGAAAAGGGAAAAGAAGAAUUACGAGAACUUCUGAAGUCUUCCAUGGCCAAAAACAAAAGUGACCAUAAAGACACUGCUACAGUUAUGCAACAAGACGAAACACUACAAGAGACGUCUGACAAUGAUAGAGAACGAACUGGUUCCGAAAACUUAAGAAGUACCAAACAACACAGGUCAGAUAAUCCCUGA